AUGUGCAAUGCGCGCAUGUCAUCUGUAUCUGACAUAAGUGGUCAACAUUGUUAUUACUUUUUAAAUUUGAAUAUUUGUAAUAAAGUCAGAAUGGAUAGAAGCUUCAACUCAUCUUUCUCCACCAGAAGCCCGUUUUCUCCCCGUUCUCGGCAAAAUCUCAACGCCAAGAAAAUCAUUCCGCCUAAUUUCCGAAAAUCAUCCCGUUUCAGUGUCUCAGGAAAAUCAACCCAAUCGGUACAAAUAAUACUAUCAACACCUUACAACUACGUUGAACGUUUCGGCCAAACCUUCCCCGUCCUAAUAACAGAAGCCCUCACAUUUGCCGACAGAAACACCGUGGUAUCGGCCCGAAUCUCGAAACUGGGCUACCUGUGGGUGGUCUGCGGCCGCCGCUUGCUGAUCUGGCAGUACCGCCAAAGCCCCGUGUUGCUCGACACCCCCUCGAAAAAGACAAGUUUACUAAACCAGUGCUUUGAACUGCAACUCCCGCAAAGCGACUUGGCGCACAGAGCUGAACUGGUCUCGGUUUUCGUCAAUUCAGACUCGAACACACCUUCUUGUAUCGCAGUCUCGCCGGAAGGUGUGGUGCGCUACUGGCCGGCAAUUGUCCAUGAAGGAAUCUCCGUGGAACAGCACGUCAGUCUACAAGGCCAGGAAUGCGACAGUUUGACCGAUGUCGAGGGCCUUGGGUGCAUUCUGGCCACCACAACGUGCACCGUUUUGUUGCUCCAGCCACAGCUAAGUGGCGGGAGGCACAGUUUGAAAUGCAAAACACUUAAAAUACCAACUGGGUGGUUGGGGGGCAUUAGCAAGAGAAUGUCGAGUCUGAUUUUUGGGCCAAUCGCGAGCGAAACCUCGGCCGAAAGUGGAAUAGUGCGCGUUCUGAGCGUCCCUGGUACAACUAGCGACACCUGGACGGUGUACGUUUUAGCCGACCACAAUUUGCAAAAGUGGCAAUUGUCCAAAAACGACGAAGAGUUGAUAUUUGUCACCGAAUUGAACCGAAUAGUCAGAGAUAGUUUCUGUGGUGCCCUGUGGGAGAAUUGUGUCGGAGACCAAACCGAAAUUGAUACCUGGUUACUUGACAUACAGUCAGAUAAAGACAAUGUUAUAAUACUCGCAGCAGCGGUUAAUAUUCCUCGGGUACAUUACGCGAUGAUAAGUCUACAGACGAACACAAAUCAACCUCCAACAGCCGUUAAAGAUUUUCUUUUGUUGAAAAUUACGGACUUGUAUCGGGAAAACAAUCCGGGGGAUUCCCUAUCGUAUCGUUUUCUUUUAUGCGGCAUUAAUGCCUACUUAUACAACCAGAAACAUAUCACCGUUAUCAAGCCCCAAGAAGAGCCUGAUAUUUUAGAGUUCAACACACCUCAAGAUUUUUUAUUAGCGGGUGCGAUCUGUGUCAACACACCUAUAUUUUUCUCGCGCAAUCAUGGCUUAGUCGCAGUGGCGAGCAAUGAUAUGUCUAAUGACUUAAACCUAAGUCUCACAGGCGCUAACAGUUUCGUGGAGACGUCGUUUAAUGAUAACGUGGUGGUUAAUAACCUGUCCAUUUACAACAUGGACCCUGAGGAGAUUUCCAUUGCUUACAAAGACACAGUUAGUCAAUUAAAGGCCGCUUUUAUCUACCGGAUACAAAACCAGGAGCAAGCCUGCAAGGAAAUCAUCGACGAGUUGUUCCCUCCUGACGCGUCCAAACUCCCAGGAAUCGACUCAUUACUGGAUAAAGUCGUAAUAAUGAUGGGCAAGGACUUAAUCGAUGACACCCCAGCCGGUGAUCCCAGAUGGUCAAAGGACCAUCAAGUCGGGCUUGGCAGCUCACACUCGAUGCAAGUCCUCGACCAAUUAAAAAACAAACAAAAAGCACUCUCACUAUUCAUAAAAUUCCUCAAAGAGUCAGGACUGUGGGCGCAAUUGUCCGCAUCCACAAUUCGCAACACCACCACCGCAACAACGUACAUCAUGGGCGAAAUAUCGGAGAAAAUCAUAGCCGCGAUCAGUCUCAAAACUGUCGCCUAUAAUCAAGUUCUGGAAAAAGCCAUCGAAAAAGCGACGGCUGAGUCGGAAACCAAGCCGGAAAACGGGCUAACGUACCAGGAUGUGUUUUUCCGGGAGGUCAGUCAGGUGCAUAGAGGCAUUCAAGAGAUGGUGAAUUAUUGCGAGGACAAGUCACAUUCGAACAUGGAUCCGGCCCAAAUUGUUGACAUGAUCCACGACACCAAUGAGAUUAUUUUGGGUGCGCUGAAAAGCGUGAUCAACUUUAGGGAACAGAAUGUGGUGAAUUACAAACCGUCGGAGGGUGUCCUUGCCAUAGCCCCCGAAUUUUUGCCCUGGACUGCGGCCAGUGGGGCCGAAGGCCUCUUUAAUUCUCUGUCUCAAAUGCAUUAUCUCACAUACAACUACGGGAUAAUUUUAACGAACAAUGAGCGCUUGAGGAACGAUCUUUUCGACCAGUUGGUCUCCAUCACGGAUAUAAUUCUCGACGGCCGCAAAAGCCACCUGGAGAGCAUCAAAGCGACGUCCUUUGAGGAAAUUAUUUACAAGCAAUACUGUUCCGACCGCCAGAAAUUCAUGAAGCCUUUUAUACACGAAAAAGACUGGGAGAGAUGUGCCAAACUUGCCGAAAAGUACCUCGAUUUUGAAACACUGAUGAUCCUGUGUGAAGCUACAAAUAACCAGCGCCGGCUCGACGAUUAUUUGGAACGCUUCAGCAACGAGGGGUUCUCCGAAUUCGUGUACAACUGGUUUUUGAAAGAGAAUAAACAAGGCAAGCUGAUUGACAUGUGCAAGCACGUCGGCAAGUCGAAAAAUAUUCAAAAACUCACCAAUUUCCUGUCGGGUCAUCCGUCACUGUCGUGGAUGCAGGAGAUUUUUGAUAAGAAGUACAAUCAAGCGGCGAACUCGUUGCAAACCUUGGCUUUGAACGAGACUGAGUCGGUGACAAGGCAAAAAACAAUGUUGAGUUUGUGCAAACUGGCGAAAUUGGCGGCCGGGACCGGCAGUGAGGAGGCAUUGAGGAGUGUUGAUUCGAGGCUGGACUUGAUUGCGUAUCAGGAGGAUAUCCCGGAUUAUGUUUUGCAGCAGUUUGGAUACGACACGAUUAACAUUCGGGUGAUUCCGCCCAAAGACUUGAUUAAUCUUUACAUUUGUAAAGAAUACACAGAAGCGGCGGAAUUGGAAUUUAAGAAAGCCCUCGAUUUGCUGAAUUUCAUCGACGAUGAGGAGUUGAGACAAGAAAUGUCGCUGAAAAUUUGGAGAUACGCGUUGUUGAGAGACGCAUGGCAACACCAAAAUUUGGAUAGUCCUAUGGAAAUCCUACAGCACAAGCUGUUUUUCAAAUUGGUCGAUCUCGCCAUGGACCUGGAAGGAGACGGGUGGAACCUUCUACCCCCCAUGGACACGCUAAUAGACGACGACUCGCUCGGGGACUUGCGAAAUAAUACCAACUUCCAGUUUUUGUUAAAAGCAGGUUACGAACAUAUUUAUAGGUCACAAACCGUAGAGUAGGUUUUUUACAGUAAAUUGUUUUAUACGAA